AUGGGGGCGCCCUUCUUCUUGGGGAAGCGGAAGGGCAGUGGUGCCCUCUAGCGGCUGGAGUGUAGGCGUGGAAAGUUCCAGAGCGUCCGUUGCGCAGCAGGGUGACUGGAAGCCCUUCCGAGCGAGGCCUUGUCCUAGGUACCUUGAAUCGAAGGUCCGAACCCAUUGUCGCCCUCUGCCCUAUCCCUGCCCUUCUCAGGCUCUUGUGACCAAGACGGAGCAACAUGCAGCCCGCGGGUCUUGAAGGUCCACGCGCGCUCGGCCUGCGGCCCCUGGGGCCCUGGCUGUCCCUGCUGGGGGUGCUGCUUCUAGUUCCGUCUUUGUGGGUAACCUGCACCCCAACUACUCCGAGCCCCUCCAGUGCUCCCACCACACCAGGAGCCUCCAGUGACAUGACCACUCCUCAUGACACGGCCACGUCAGGCGUGACCCGUGACCCUCACCUUCGAGAGCAAGCACUGGCCCUGAUGCGAGAUUUCCCACUUGUGGAUGGCCACAACGACCUACCUCUGCUCCUGAGAGAACUUUUCCAGAACAAGCUGCAGGAUGUGAAUCUGCACAAUUUCACCCGUGGCCAGACCAACCUGAAGAGGCUCAGGGACGGCCUUGUGGGUGCCCAGUUCUGGUCAGCCUACAUCCCAUGCCAAACCCAGGAUCGGGAUGCUGUGCGCCUAGCCCUGGAGCAGAUUGACCUCAUUCGACGCAUGUGUUCUACUUACCCUGAACUGGAGCUUGUAACCUCAGCUGAUGGUCUGAAUAACACUCAGAAGCUGGCCUGUCUCAUUGGGGUAGAGGGUGGUCACUCACUGGACACCAGCCUCGCUGUGUUGCGCAGUUUCUACGAGCUAGGAGUGCGCUACCUGACUCUUACCUUCACCUGCAGCACACCCUGGGCAGAAAGUGCCACGAAAUUCAGACACCAUUUCUACACCAACGUCAGUGGGUUGACAAGCUUUGGUGAGAAAGUAGUGGAAGAAAUGAAUCGUCUGGGCAUGAUGAUAGACUUGUCUCACGCCUCGGACACCUUAGUGAAGCAGACCCUGGAGGUGUCUCGGGCUCCUGUGAUCUUCUCACACUCAGCGGCUAGAUCGGUGUGUGACAAUUUGCUGAAUGUUCCUGAUGACAUACUGCAGCUUCUGAAGAAGAACGGUGGCAUUGUGAUGGUGACACUGUCCAUGGGGGUGCUACAGUGCAGUCUGUUUGCUAAUGUGUCCACUGUAGCAGAUCAUUUUGACCACAUCAGGACAGUCAUUGGAUCUGAGUUCAUUGGGAUUGGUGGAAGCUAUGAUGGGUCUGGAAGGUUCCCUCAGGGGCUGGAGGAUGUGUCUACAUACCCAGUGCUGAUUGAGGAGUUGCUGAGUCGUGGCUGGGAUGAACAAGAGCUUCAAGGUGUCCUUCGAGGAAACCUGCUUCGGGUCUUCAGACAAGUGGAGCAGGUGAGAGAGGAAAGCCUUGAGCAGAGCCCUGUGGAGGUCAUGUUUCCAGAGAGGCAGCAGAGCAGCAUUUGCCACUCCCACCUGCUGGCUCAGCAUCAGGAAGACAAACACCAGGACACACACUUGAAGGUGACGAAGCUGCCAAAUAGCCAGGUCCUCCAGAGGGCCUCAAAAGCCCCUCCAUGCCCCUUACCAGGCCUCCUGGCUGCUGUCACCUCACUAGCCCUCAUCCUUUGGCUAUGUUGCUCAGGCCACAGGCCAGUUUAGCAAAACCAAACAAGUUCCCCUCCUCAUUGCCCAGGCCCCAGCUUAUGUUGCGAAUAAAGACCUGAAACAUCAAGCCAA